AUGGUGUCUGGUUUAAAUAUAGAGAUCCGGAAGUCUUGUCUGCGACAUAUCGAGAUCACGGUGUAUACCAUGGAUCUCACUUCUAAGAAAUACGUUUUUUGGACCUGUUGUUCUUCACUCGCUAACUCCCAACUGAGACAGGCCCCCUUUCCCAGCAUCGUGCCGCCAUGGGCUGUGCAGUCAAUGGGUCGACCGCUCUUCAAUGUCUGCGAGGUUGACGUUGUUCCCCAUACCUAUUCCCUUUUCGAUCAACUGCUCGUGUGUACUCGGCUUCGUGAACUUUGCGGCUGCUUUGACGACGUUCGCUCUUAUCGCUGUUCUUUCUAG